AAUGACUCUGGAAGUGCUCAAAGACCCACAACUGAUAUCACCCGCAAGCGUCUUUUGUUUUUUGCUGUUGCCGCUGCUGACGCUAUGGUUUACCUAUUGGCGUCUAUCACGUCGCCAUCUGUACGAAUUGGCUGAGAAAUUGCCAGGACCCAAAGGAUUACCCAUUGUUGGGCAUUUAUUCGAUGUCGUUGGACCCGCAUCAUCGGUUUUCAGAACGGUCAUUCGGAAAAGUUCUGAAUUUCCCUAUGUAUGUAAAAUGUGGAUUGGUCCUAAACUUGUGGUAUUCAUUUAUGAUCCGAAAGAUGUUGAAAUACUACUCAGCAGUCAGGUGUACAUUGACAAGGCAUCAGAAUAUAAAUUCUUUAAACCAUGGCUUGGUGAUGGUCUGCUAAUAAGUACAGGUCAUAAAUGGCGAUCACACCGCAAGUUGAUUGCACCCACAUUCCAUUUGAACGUUCUGAAGAGUUUCAUUGAUCUAUUCAAUGAAAAUUCACGCAAUGUGGUCCGUAAACUUCAGUCGGAGGGUGGCAAAACGUUCGAUUGUCACGAUUAUAUGAGUGAGGCCACCGUAGAGAUUCUAUUGGAAACUGCUAUGGGUGUGUCGAGAAAGACCCAGGAUAAAUCUGGUUAUGAAUAUGCACUGGCCGUUAUGAAAAUGUGUGACAUUCUCCAUCUAAGACAUCGUAGCCUCUUUCUGCGAAGUGAAUUCUUAUUUUCCCUUACCAAAUAUUAUCGUGAACAGGGAAGACUUUUGGAUAUCAUUCAUGGCCUGACAAAGAAAGUAAUUAAAUAUAAGAAGGAAGCCUUUAAGAGAGGUACUCGUGGCUCAUUGGCUAAAUAUGAGUGGACUGAAAAUGGUGAAUUGAUAACAGAAAGUUUAAAUUCAAAUGGUAAUAUUACCAACACGGAAGAUAAAAACGAAAAAGUUACCACUGUAGAGGGGCUCUCAUUUGGCCAGGCCGAAGGAUUAAAGGAUGACCUCGAUGUUGAUGAUAAUAAUGUGGGUGAAAAGAAACGUUUGGCAUUUUUGGAUUUACUUUUGGAAAGUGCUCAGAAUGGUGCCACAAUAACGGAUACGGAAAUUAAGGAGCAAGUCGAUACCAUAAUGUUUGAGGGUCACGAUACAACGGCAGCAGGAUCAUCAUUUUUCCUCUCCCUAAUGGGUAUACAUCAGGGUAUACAGGAUCGUGUUAUUGAGGAGUUGGAUGAAAUUUUCCAAGGAUCCGAUAGAAAUUGUACCUUCCAAGAUACCUUGGAAAUGAAAUAUUUGGAAAGAUGUCUUAUGGAAACACUGAGAAUGUACCCACCAGUACCGCUAAUUGCCCGAGAAUUGCAGGAAGAUUUAAAAUUGGCCUCAAAUGGCUAUGUUAUACCAAGAGGUGCCACCAUUACAGUGGCCACCAUUAAAUUACAUCGUAAUCCUUUGGUCUACAAGAAUCCGAAUAUCUUUGAUCCAGAUAACUUUUUGCCCGAACGUCAAGCCAAUCGUCAUUAUUAUGCCUUUGUACCAUUCUCAGCUGGACCAAGAAGUUGUGUGGGUCGCAAAUAUGCCAUGUUAAAAUUGAAAAUUUUACUUUCCACCAUCCUACGAAACUAUCGUGUCCAUUCCGAUCUAACUGAAGAAGAUUUCCGGUUGCAAGCUGAUAUCAUAUUGAAACGUGAGGAGGGUUUCCGUGUUCGUUUGGAACCACGUAAGCCACAUGCCUUCAAAAAAUCCACCCAGACUAAUAGCACAACGCAAGCAGCAGCAGCUGCGACAUCAGCAGCUAUUUAG